UUUCACUUAUUUCACGCUUCGGCUUCUACUCUGUUGAGGGCUUUAUUUCUGAAGCCCUUUUUUGAGUUCUCCACGAUGGAAAAUCGCGGUUUUGAGAAGCCAGACGACCUCGAGAUUGCCUCCCUCGGUUCCCUCUAUGUUGGUCCCUGGGACAAGAAGUACUGGAGUUGCUCUAGGGGAAAAGACCGUUACCCUUAUCCAGUUGGUUAUCAUGCUGUUCGAAUUCUUGAUGGAAAUAUUUGUCAGAUGAAAGUUUGUGAAGGUCUGAAAGGGCCUCUAUUUGUUAUCACAGCAGUUGAUGGGAGUUCAUUUAGUGGUCAAACUCCUGAUAUUGCUUGGGAGAAUUUCCAGAAGAACUGUCCCAGAGUGAAGAACUGGAAUGGGAGGAGGUUCUCAAAUAAGAUUGAUGGUGCCGAGUUUUUUGGAUUGAAAAAUCCCUCCAUCCAGAGGCUGCUUCGUGAGCUUGUGAACAUGACACAAAGAAGAAGUUUACCUGCUCCUUUCCUAUACAGUGGAUCUAAGAGCACGGAUCAAAUACAUCCUCAAGUUUCUGAUAAAUUCCCUCGUUUAGCCAUUUCCUUGGAAGAAAAUCAUAACUUUGGAAAGAGGAUUCAGAAGAGAAAUGCUAGAGAAGAUAUUACGAGGGAGGCGAGACGAAAGAUCUGCCACUGGGGUUUACAAAGUGAUUCAAAGACUUGUAUUUUGCAACAAAUAGAUGAUUUGUGUUCUCUUUCCUUGGAUGGCAAAAUCACACAAUUUAGUAGAAAACACUUUGUAUCACGUAACGAAGAUUCUGAAAAUGAGGGUAUUGCUAACCAUUAUAGAACCUCGCCAAAUGGCACAUUUUCCCGUAUAAUGGAUCAAAAACCAUAUGAUUUUCAGUGUCAAAAGGAAACCAAAAUCUUUUCAUUUGCUAAUGGUAAUGAGAAUGAAGAAACUAGUUUAAUUAUGCAAAGGCAACCAGAAGCAAAAUGCCAUUCCGUUCUUGUUUCUGAGAAUAUUUUGAUGGGCUUGGAUUGUUCUGACUCUGUUAUUAAUAAACACAUUGUUUCUCAGCAGAAUAAUUGCAUUGAUGCUAACAAUUGUAGGUUCAACACCGGCCUACAUAGUGUCAACAAUGCAAUCAAAAUUAAGCUUGAUAGGUGUCCGGAUGGUGUAAAUAGAAGGAAUAAUCCAACUUUAUCAGUGCCAAAUGAUGAUUGUGGAGAAGCCACGGCCUUGGGAAGUUUCUCAGAUGCCUACAUUUCUGAUAUUUGUGACACUGUUAUUGGUAAAAACUGCUGUGGAUUUGAUGUUAGUGACGUUGCAAUUUCUGCUUUGGAUCACUUGAAUGAAACCCCUACCUGCAUGAAGAAUGAAAUUGUUGCAGUUAAGCCAUUGUCUAGAGCUUCCGAAUCUCAUUCACUAGAAGUUGUUUCUAAGAGUGAGUUCAAGGAUUUGACUUGCCGAAGCGUCCCAUGUGCUUCAGAACCUAGGUUCUUAAUUCCACAGGAUGUCUUUCACUCUGGCUGCAACCUAGAGGAUGGUAUUUAUCAGGGAGUAGCUAAAGAUUCGCUUCCAGAAGUUGGCUCUUCUGGAUCUUCCGGUCGAAGUUUUGAAGAUGAUGACUUAAAUUUAGCAGGACAGGAGUUGGCAAAAUCAAUGAUGACAUUUUUGCUUCCACAAGCAGUUCCUUUACUUAAGAAAACUUAUGUGAGAAGACGAUCAAGAGUAAAACGUCUGGAAGCUAAUGAUCCUUGUUGUAAUCUGAAUGAUGGGAAUUCUGCAGAUCGAAAUACUGUAAAUGACCAUCUCAACAACAUUAUGCAUCAAGGUAAACCUGUGGCUGGAACGGGUACCCAGCUUCCAGAAAAGACUAUUAAGAAGGCUAUUGAUGCUUCAAAGACAUUAUCACAAGUUUGUUUGCCUGGUGAUUUUAAUAGUUUUAACCUGCACUUAGAGCCAUUUUCUGGAAAUAGAAGUUCAAAUGAUCCCAUGUCUGUCAUUCCUGAUAGCUUUGACAACGACAUAAAUUCAUACAGCGCCUCUAUGAAAGAACAUCCAUGUAUGGGCUUCGAUGAAUCUGAGAUGGUACCUCAAAUUGAUGCGAAAGGGAACAGCUUGCUUAUAACUGAUGUGGAUGAGGUUGAUGAGCUAAAAUGUUUUUCUCAGAAUGAUGCAUACAAUCUUGAAGUUCUUGCUCCAGGUACAGAGGAUGCACUUGCUGAUUUAAUGAUUACCGUUGUUGAACCUGCCAAGCAUGUUUCUCCAGUUGAAGAGACUAAUGCAGAUUUCAUAAAGAACACAGCAGAGAAUUCAAACCAUUUAACUGAAGAUCUUAUCUCCAUGGAUGCUGCCUGUGUUAUGCAGAGUAGCUUUCUGCAUUUUAAUCAUGAAUCUAAGCAAAAUGCUGAAGAUGUAAGUUUCCAAGUGCUUUUAGGGAAGGUCCCUAGUAUAGCUGAAAAUUUUGAACAGUGCACUCCUGCUCUCUGCACUGUUCUUGACAAUUUAGUUGAUAAUGAAAUUUCUAAGGAAGCUAUUGAAAGUCACAAUACAUUUGGAUCCAUAAAGGAGAAACGUAUAACUUAUAGACCCAUUGAGGUUAAUUUUGGUAUGCAGGAAAUCAAUAAAGCUGAACCUAUGAGUGAGAAGGACAACCAUUCAUUGCCUUGCACACCAAAGGGUGUUACUGGAGGGAUACUGGUUGAUACAAUUGAAGCUCAGAGACUCAACUUGUCAGAAACUAUAUUAUUCAAAAAUUUUAAUAAUUCUGUUGGUCUGGAGAUGAAAUCUAAUAGAAUACCCUUGGUUGCAGUUGAAAAUUAUAAAUCCAGUCAUAUAAAUUACCAUGCAGAUUCUAGGAUGCUUGCUUUGGAUGAAGUUAAGACUACUGAACCAGAAAUCAAUUUAAGAAAUAUUCCAAAUCGAUCUGGCUUUGAGGCCAACUGGCUCACAGCUGAUCCCAAGGCCUCUCAAAAUCAGGAUGUGGAUAAAAAUGUGAAAGGAACUAUUGAUAUGCCUCAGGCUAAUCGUUCCCCUUUGUGUUUCAAUGAAGACUCUAGGGAUGCUGUUAAUCUGUUUUCUUUGUCUGGACUAUGCUCUCCAGUCCAAGUAAAAGCGAGGAUAAAAGAAAUUCCUGAAGGAAGCAAAGCAUUUGCUCAUAGUCAGCUACAGCCUUCUUACAAGAGCCGCUCUCUUACGGAAAAUUUAUCCUUCUCCGAAAAGAAUUUUGUAUUACAACCAACAACUAACAAUGACGGUAAAAAUCCUCCUAAUGAUGACCUCUAUAAGAGAAGCCUUUCUGAUGGCUCAUUGACUAAAAGGUUGAGCUGGAAUGACGGGGAUAUGGAGCUUGUUGGAUGCUAUUUGCAUCCAGAACCUGUAUUGUCCAUAAUGUUAACAGAAAACGGAAAUCAAUUAAAACUUAGUGUCUUAUGUGGCUUUCCUGACGGGAACAAUAGACAUAUUUUUAUGUAUGCUAUUUCUGAUCAAAAGCAGAGGAGAGGCUGUCCUUCCUUUCUUGGUUACACUGCACUUGUGUUACCCCUUGUAAGAAACCAAUGGAACAGAAAUAUUCCUUUUGAAAGGUCUGCAUUACAGUUGACUCCUGAUGGGCAGUCACUGAUUUUUGUCAACAGCAUCAAAGUACCACGAUGCAGGGAAAAAAAUAUCAGAUGUUUAUGUUCAAACUGCGUAUCCGAGUCUUCUGAAGUAACAACCCUAGAAAUUGCUCAAGUAAAUUUUGGUUAUGUUUCAACAAUGGCAAAGUUGACAACCGGGAAGGGAGUUUCUUGCAUGUCAGUUUGCGAGCCAAAUUUUCUCGUAGCAGCUGAAGAGAUUGGGGGACUGCAUAUUUGGGUAAUGGACUUAACGUGGAGUGACGUAUUGGAGGAGUUCAAGCUGCCAAGUUUUGAUCACAUAUCACCUACAAUAUUGGAGCUAAAAGGAUUACCAAACUAUAGUUCUCUUUUAAUUGGUCACAAUGGACUUGGUGAUUUUGGCAUAUGGGAAAUUUCGAAGAGGGUGCUCCUGGCCAAAUUUUCUUCUACUGGAAGCAAAAUAUUUCAAAUUAUUCCAAUUUCUUUGUUCAAUUGGCAAAUGAAUGCAACUUUUCCUGCCACUCUAUCAGCAGAGCAUAUCAUGGAGAGCAUGCUGAAGAUAAAUUGCGAAAUCUCCUUAGGAUCAUCUUUUGAAGAUGUAUCAAUUUGGAUUCUGAUUUCUACCGCUCCUGACUUGGAGACAGAGUUUGAGGUAAAGAGAAGUCCUGCUGGAUUAUGGAGGCUGGCACUCAUAACCAAAAACAUGAUCAUAAUGGGGAACAUUUUGAACCCUAGGGCUACUGCUGUAGAUGCAUCGGCUGAUUGCGGAAUUAUUGGAACAAGUGAUGGUUUCUUGUAUAAAUUUGAGCUGUCAUCUGGUAGAAAACUUGGAAAUCUAAGCUCCAUCCAAUGUGGCGUUUCGUGUGUAGCGCUGGAUAACAAAUCAGGUGCAUUGGCAGUGGCAGGCAGGGAUGGCAAGUUGCAGGUUUUCAUUGAACCUUGAAGAACGCCAUUUGAAUAAACAAUUAUAUGGAAGUGUAACAAACAUUAGCUUUGCUGGUAACUUGCAUUGAAUACGGCGUCUCUUUACACUUUAAUGAUUGUAUUAAAAUUUUUCGGGGAUUUAUAAACAUCUCAUUGAAUUUUGCUGUAUUUAUAUAUCGUACUUUAAAAUUUUAUAUUUACUGAUUUGAG